GAGAGGUCCAAUCCUCCUUGUACCCCUAAAACCGGGGAUAAGCAGCACCGGAAAGGUCCCGUUUUAAAUAUCUCACCAGCCGAAUCCGGGUUGAAAAACUGGAAGGAUCAUGUCACCAUACCAAACCGGUUUAGAAGCGACCAACUCCGGACCAGGUUCCAAGUUUUGAAAGUCGUUUUAGCACUGCUUACACGAAACUCCAAGGGCAUCCUUGUUAUUCCAAGGGCACUUCACUGCAAAGCGCCACCGCCUGAAAGGAGCGGCGCCGCCAUGGCGAGCCAAGCCCAGCGCCACCUCCGCCUCUCUGUUCCCCCUAGACCCUCUUACCCUUUCUCUUCCAAUUACCCUAACCGUACCCCCGCCCCUACCCCCUCCAAAACAAGGCGGACCCCUCCUCUUCUUCCCCCUCACCUCUCCUCUCUUCUCCUCCUCCUCCUCUCUCUCCACUCUCUGUACACCCUAUCUCCCCUCUCCCCCCACCUCUCUCUCUUACCUUUCUCCUUUCUUCUUUCUCUUCUCUCCUCUGUUUCUCUCUCUCUCCUCCAUUUCCGCCAUCUCAACAACCACCACUUACCUAUUUCGGCAUCUCAGCUCCGCCGCCUCGUUUGCAAAUCCACCAUUGUGGCUGCUAUUUUUCCUUUGCGCCUUCUCUCUCUAAGUAUUUGUAGGCCCUAUGUUACCAUUCUUGCUGAGAUUUCGGGCCAAAUUGCUGCUACUCGUGCCACCUCUCCCUCUUCUCUCACUGCCAUUGCUGGUGCCCUCCUUUUUCUCUCUCUAAAACCCCCUUCUGAUUGCUCUGCUUUCCCUGCCAUUGUUGUGCCUUUUGUUACCGGUGUCCUGAGCUCCAUCGAGAGAAACCCAUCUCUAUGGGUGUCUUUGAACCCACUAGGGCGCAAGAGAAUUAGGGUUUUCUCUCUCUGGUUCGCCACUUUUCUCCUCUUUCCCCCUGCUCUUGUUAGCUUCUGGUACUAUGGAUUCGGCUCGAGCUUUGGAGCCCUAAUUUGGCCAAGUCUUUAUAUGGUUAUUUUCUCUCUUAUAGUUGGCGAUUCGCUCAAGCACAGAAACCAAUUCUCGAUUACUCUUCUCUGCACCUGCAUUCUCGAGCUCUUGUAUUCUCCUGCUUUCUCUCUAUUCAGUUUCUCUCUCUGUGCAUUCCUCAUAGUGAUCGCCUCUGGUGAAUUCGUUUUUUCUCAGGAUUCUGGUUACCCUGAUCUGGGCUAUGGAGAUGCAUCGAAUGCCUCCUUCUCCGCUAUAGCAAACCCAAUUCGCCAUAUCCUCAGUGAGAGAAAAUCUAGGAAGAUUGCACUCUUUCUAUUGAUCAAUACUGCAUACAUGGUGGUUGAAUUUGUGGCUGGCUUUAUGAGUAAUAGUCUCGGAUUAAUAUCAGAUGCUUGCCAUAUGUUAUUUGAUUGUGCGGCUCUGGCUAUCGGGCUCUAUGCUUCAUAUAUUUCUCGAUUGCCUGCAAAUGAGAAGUUCAAUUAUGGUAGAGGAAGGUUUGAAGUUCUCUCUGGUUAUGUGAAUGCUGUAUUUCUGGUUCUUGUUGGGGCAUUGAUAGUCUUGGAGUCAUUUGAAAGGAUAUUAGACCCACAAGAAAUCUCGACAAAUAGCUUGUUGGUUGUGUCUGUAGGGGGGCUUCUUGUGAAUAUUGUGGGUUUGAUCUUCUUUCAUGAAGAGCAUCAUCACGCUCAUGGUCACGGUUCAUGCUCCCAUUCUCAUACACAUAACCAUCAUCAUCAUGGCCAUGAGCAUGAGCAUGCUAAUUCAUCUGUGAACCAUAGCCAUGCUUGCACAAUUGCACCAGAUGCUUGUAAAAAACCGGUUUUGGAACAUCAAUGCUCUAUCUCUAUCACCAAUGGGGAGUGCACGGCUUCCCAUGAUGCCCAUGGCCAUGAUCAUUCUCAUGACCAUGAUAAUCAUCUCCAUGAUCAUCACCACGAGCAUGGAUGCAGCCAUGACCAUGGGGGCCAUGGCAAUUUUCAAGAACAUCUGGGAAACCAUUCUGUAAAUCAUGGGAGAGAGGACCUGCCACAUUCACAGAGUCUCCAUGACCACCAUUGCAAGAGCCACCCAAACGAAAAUCAGACACAUACCCAAAAGCAUCAUCAUCAUGACCAUGGCGAUGGUCACCACCAACACCAUCACCACGAUAAUGGCUUCCAUACCAUUUCACAAAAACACUUUGAAAGCCAUCCUGAAAAUCAGCAAAGGAAAGAUGAGACACACUCAUACAGUCUCCAUGAUCAAGGGCAUGGUCAUCAUGCUAUGGAGGAUAAACAUCAACAUCAUGACCAUCAUGGUCAUCGUCACAUAGACCACAACAUGGAGGGCAUCUUCUUGCAUGUUUUGGCUGAUACAAUGGGUAGUGUAGGUGUGGUAAUAUCCACUCUUCUUAUCAACUACAAGGGAUGGUUGGUAGCUGACCCAGCUUGCUCCAUUUUCAUCUCAGUGCUAAUUGUUUCCUCUGUUAUUCCUUUACUGAGAAACUCAGCUGAGAUUUUGCUCCAAAGGGUUCCUCGAUUUUUAGAGAGAGAUCUCAAACAAGCAAUAGACAAGGUCAUGAGGAUUAAAGGGGUCCAUGACUUCCAAAACAUGCAUGUGUGGAGUUUAACUAACAAGGAUAUGGUGGGGACUCUUCACCUCCAUGUUUUGGCAGGUGAAGCUGAUAAAGGUUUGGUGAAGGAGCAAGUAUCCCGCAUCUUAAGUGUGGCUGGAAUAAAAGAUUUAACACUUCAAGUGGAGUAUAUGAGGUCUGAGUGAUUGACCCAUUCUUAAAGGUGAAUGAGCCAGUAGAGUCCCUCCUGCUCACUUGGAAGUUUUGACGACUUGUAAGACCACCUUCUCGACAUUCUCCGAUCCCAAUUUUGUACCAUAAUUGUUAUUUAUUAUAAGUGUAGCAGAAUUAUUAUUACUUCCCAAGUUUUGAACUAUCUAUGGAAAUGAUAAUAUUUGAAUUGACUUGUGAAAUUCAUAUCCAAGUAUCAGAUGUCAUGCCUCCUUUUCAAGUAUCAUAUAAUGUGAAAUCAUUAUUUUUGUA